UCAUAGGAACAACAAAAACAUCAACAUGAGUAGUUGCAAAACCAUGUUCUCUUCAUCCCUCUCUUCUUCCUUCAAAUUCAAAUCCAAAUCCACUUUCUCUCUUCUUCCUCCUCCUCCUCCUCUCCUCCACCUCCACCUUAAAUCCCCGUCACGAUGCUACUAUCCAUCUCAAACCGCCGUCGUUUCAUCCAUACAAGACCCACAAAUACAAAACCCGCAACCCAAGGACAAAAUCCAAAACAUCCUCACAAACAACGAAGGAGUUACCGGAAUCAUGAAAAUGCAACGGAAGCCUCUUCUUCACGAGCCUCAGCCUCGGUGGUUCCCUUACCUAGACAGUUUCAGGUGCGGGAACGGUUUCGAACUCACCAGCGACGAAGUUAUUGAAGCUGUUGGUCCUUGUGUUUCGGAGUCGAGGAAAGCUAGGUUCGGGAACGCGGUUCGGAACCGAAGCUACUCAGUUUGUCUUGUGGUGGAAGGGCUGUGUGAUUUCGGUAAUGUGUCUGCUGCUUUUCGGUCUGCUGAUGCUCUUGGUGUUCAGUCUGUUCAUGUUGUUUCUUCUGAAGCUAACAAAAGGUAUAAGGACAAUCGCCAUGUAAGCAUGGGUGCAGAGAAAUGGUUGGACAUUGAACUGUGGGACUCUACAAAGGAGUGCUUUGAAACGUUGAAAUCACGCGGUUAUAGAAUUGCCACGACUCAUGUUGGAAUAGAUGCGGUUUCUAUUUAUGACAUGGACUGGUCUUGUCCAACUGCAAUAGUAGUCGGGAACGAAAAUAGGGGUAUUAGCGACGAGGCUUUGGCAAUGUCAGACUUACACUGCAGUAUUCCAAUGAAAGGGAUGGUGGACUCUUUCAAUGUUUCAGUUGCGGCAGGAAUCCUCAUGCACCAUGCUGUUUGCGAUAGAAUUUCUCGAACGGGCCAGCAUGGCGAUUUAACAGUGGAAGAAAGACAAAUUCUACUAGCAGAGUUUUCGUUGCGUCAUAGCAAUAGCGCAAUCAGUGUUGUUGAAGAUUACGCAAAGCGCAAGGCAGCAUUAUUGACCUAGAACCAUUCACAGGAAAUUAAGCUACUUCUAAUUUUAUGUUCGCACAUUCUUAACAAGGAGACAGGCUAAGCAUGUGCUACGUUGCAUUAGCCGAAGCUUGGCGCGCACAGGCCUUAAUCACGGCAAUGAAAAACUCGCCGUACAAUAUUAUGCAUUUGUUUAAAAUGUAACAUUUCCAACAAUGUGUGUACUAUCCCAAUUUUUUUAACUAUGGGAAACGAUAUCAACUAUUGCGAAACUGUUUUUUAGUUGAGUUUUUAGGUAUUACCUAGUUACAAGGACAAGGGUUUUGUGUUCCUAGUUCGAUUCGAUUCAUUUUGACGUACAAUAGUUUGUAUUGUAAUAAUUUAUAGUCAAUGAAGUUCAAAAGCUUUGCUAAAAGAAUGAUU